AAUUGUUUAUACGUAUGUCCACGUAAAUACGUAGCGGUCAGUCAGUUGUCAGUUAAUAGUGGAAGAGGGGCGCGAGCCACGUGUCCACUACGGCUAAUAAAAUAGUUUUUCCUUUUAGUUGGACACGGUACGCAACACGUGGUCUCGUUAAAGUUCGGCAACAAUUCGCCUGAUAAUACAAAGUUUCGCGGCGCGUGAUUUGUGUAUGUGUGUUGUGCAGUGAUUGUUUUUUGUUUUCCGUGAUCCCGGUGUGUGAUUCGUUUUUGUUUCUGUGGUGCACUUGUUUUUGGAUUUCGAACCGGUCUUUAAAAAUCCGGCAAACUGGCGCAUUUAAAUUUCUCGCAAUACAUGGGUGACAUGGACAUUCAAGACUACAAGGUGAUGACUGGGGGAACUGACAGGUGGAUGACAAAUUCGGUUAUAAGUCCCGGUGAAAUUAACGAUAAUGGGAUGAGCAUGAACAUCAAUAACAACAACAACACGAGCAUAAACAACAACAACAAUAACAACAACAACAAUGAGGAGAAGCCCGACCUGCCCGACCCAGACUAUAUCAAGAUGUUCGUCGGCCAGGUGCCUCGCAGCAUGGACGAGAACGACCUCCGGAUCAUGUUCGAGGAAUUCGGCCGCGUGCACCAGAUCAACGUGUUGCGGGACAAGAUCACCGGCGCCAGCAAAGGAUGCUGUUUUGUGACGUUUUUCACGCGGAAAGCGGCUCUGAAAGCGCAAGACGCUUUACACAAUAUCAAAACGUUGAGCGGGAUGCACCAUCCGAUCCAGAUGAAGCCGGCUGACAGUGAAAACAGAAAUGAACGCAAACUAUUUGUGGGCAUGCUGAACAAGAAACUGUCUGAGAACGACGUGCGAGCACUAUUCGCGGGGCACGGCGCGAUCGAGGAAUGCACGGUGUUACGCGACGCGCAGGGACAGAGCAAGGGCUGCGCGUUCGUCACGUUCGUCUCGAAGCAGGCCGCCAUCGCUGCUAUCAAGGCGCUACACCACAGUCAAACGAUGGAGGGUUGCUCAGCGCCGCUCGUAGUCAAAUUCGCCGACACGCAAAAGGAGAAAGAGCAGAAGAAGCUUCAAGCGAUGCAAGCCAGCCUAUGGGGGCUGACGACGCCGGUGGCGCCGGCUGCGUACCUUGCGUCGGAGGCUGCGUUGUCGCCGGCAACGCAGUUGCAACUGCUGCAACAGUUGCAGGCGGUUGGUCUCCAGCAACAGCUGUUGCAAGGGCAAGGCUCCACGAUACUGCAAGGUAUCUUCACUAAUGACGGUGUUAACUACCAAGAUAUCGGUUUCAAUGGCGCAGGGCUGAGCGGGGGGGCGGUUAGCGGGGUCGGAGGGGGGGCAGAGCAGUUGGGGGGGCUUUUGGCACCGGUGUCAGUGCAGAACCUCGCUGCGCUCGCGGCGAUGACACAGCCGCCUGUGGUGACGCAAGCUGCGCCCAUGCCAGCCGCAGCGCCUCAGCCCGCUGCGCCCCAAUUGUGUCUUCUCGGGAAGACAAACAUUACAGGGUCGACAGCCGAGCCGCUCGGUUCGGCGUACGCGGCGCAGUUCGGCAGCGCGUUCGCGGCCGCGCCGCUCGGCUCCGUGCUCGGCUCUGCAGCAGCCGCGGCCGCUGGGAAGCAGGUCGAAGGUAGGCAGAAAGGUCCGGAAGGCGGCAACCUGUUCAUAUACCACCUGCCGCAGGAGUUCACGGACACCGACCUGGCCUCCACGUUUCUGCCGUUCGGCCACGUGAUCUCGGCCAAAGUGUUCAUAGACAAACAGACCAACCUGUCCAAGUGCUUCGGCUUCGUGUCGUACGACAACGCGGCCUCCGCCCAGGCCGCCAUACAAGCCAUGAACGGCUUCCAAAUAGGUACAAAGAGACUCAAAGUUCAAUUGAAACGUUCCAAAGAACUAUCGAGACCGUACUAGCUUAUUCCAGAACUCGUUCCUAGUGAAUAUUUUUUUGAAAUAAAAAAACAAAAACUAUUUGCAAUGAGGUUGUAAGAUUCCGAACGGUUGUUGUGAUGUUUCGGUGCACUGGACUGGGUGAGGAGCGGCGUGCACAGUUGUUAACUAAUAAGUAUAAGGUUAAGGUUUGUGUCAAAGGAUUUAUCGUUUCCAAAGUAUUCCCCAAAUUUUGUUUAUUAUCGUAAUAUUCUACUUUAAAGUUAAGUUAUAGUCACUUUAAGAAUAAGUUGAACGCGUUACAUUAUUACAUUUACGUAAACGCCAAAGAUACGGUACCGAUGCAAAUACCGGUUUUGGACAACGUUAUUUUACCGUUAUCAUUUGUGUAAGUUUGGCGACGGUACCGGUCUAUCGUAAGACAUAUUAUUCAACUUACCGCAUAAGUAUUGCUUAUAGUUAAUUUAACCGUUACGUUCAAAUAGAACAACUUUAUUAUUAUAACUUUGUUAGAUUUUUGUUCUUUAUUUUGUGUUACCAUAGUUGAUUAUACGUUUAAUCAUGAGUGUGGCCAUUGUCAGUUCAGUCUUAGUCUUUUUUUGUUUAAAAUUGUAAGUUGUUAGAAUAACAAAAUGAUCUCAAAGUGAUCAGUGUAUUUAUUGUUUACCUACAUGUUGUCAAUAGUGUACUUAAACUUUUAAACAUUUUUUGUGUAUAAAUGUCACUAAAAUAAUGGACUUGGUAUGGAUAUCUCAAACGAUAUUUCUGUUUCCAACAAUAAUAUUCUAAGAAUAUUUACAGUGUUUUGCGUACCAUACAAAAUAGUAGGGUAGGUGUCAAUCAUGUGUCAUAUUUAUAUUUUUAGGAAAAGUUAUGGAAAUCAUAUCGACAUAAGUUUUAUGACGUGUAUUUGUAUGUUUCACUAGCAAUGUUUUCAUAUUUUAUCUGUUCAGUUGUUUACUUAUUUUUCUUUUUCUUCUCUGUGACGUAAUAUUACAGUUUGAGAUAUCUGUGCGUUAAUCGUAACACAUCUUUGUGUAUGUCUGUGUAUUCACGUGUACAUUAUAAUGAUCGCAGUCAUACAAAUAUUUGAAUUUGUAACACAUCGAACACUGGCCCUUUAGUCAAAAAAUUUUGUUAGUUUAAGUAAUUUAAUAUUAGAUAAUUUUACUAUUUUCGUAAGUUGGGUAUUUAUUAAUUACCUACUUAAUACAUAUUUUUAUUAUUACUUGUAUACGUUCACAAAUAUUUCGUGUUUAAAAACUCUGGCACAUUUCGCUUAUUUUUAAUAUUUUUUACCACACCAAAAUCGGAUUGAGUAAAUAACUACGAAAUAAUUCAACGUUCGAUGAAAUAAUAGGAUAAUAAUAAAUUAAUAAAAACCUAUUACUUUACUGUAACAUGAUAACAUUACAAAAACUUGAUAAGGUUUUGGUGCGUAAAAAAUAAUAACCUUUGAAACUACACCUUUUAUCAAUUAGAUAGAAAUAUUAAAGAUUAAACAAGUUAAGUAUUACCUAAUAUUAUUUCGUGUAUUCCUAUAAAACGCUCAAUAAUAUAUGGACAAAAAAAUAAAUUCUAAGCAUAUUUUCUUUACCUACUUGCAAAGAAUUAUAUGUGUACGUUUGAAAAGUGAAAAAAUUAUGUAAGAGUAAUUUGUAUCGUUUAAAGUUCCGUUAACACUGUGCCAAUGAGUUCAAAAUGUAAUGACCAAUGGAAUUUCAUGUCGUCAGAUUUAGUUGUAAACUCUUACUAAUAAAAGGUUAUACACGAGUUAAACGCUAGUCUAAAAUUACACUACCAAAAGUCGGUCAGAAAUUUUAUAGUUCGAGGCGCACCGGUGAGCCGCGUGGCGUCUAACGUGUUAAAUUAAGUAGUGUAUAACGCGCGUGUAACUUUUAUUUGUAAAGGGGCAAAACGUAACGUCUAUACAAGAACUGAGUAGACCAUCAUCGGUGUAAAUUUAGUUGAGUAUUAUAUUCUAUUUAAAAAAAUAUAUUAUCAAGAUGGGUUUAUUUUAGUUUUAAUUUAGUCACUUUUUGCUGUCUGAAGAAAGACAAUACCUAGACUGAAUAAGUUCCCAAGUAGUAAGCAGUGUUUCAGUUAGCUGUCAUGUGAUUGAUUCCUUUAGUGAGUUCUUAGCGAACCUUCGAGGUCAGCUUUUGUCUUUUUUCUUGUUGUAAGGUAUAAAUUAUUAUAAAAAUGUAUUGUUAAAUCUUUGACAUCGGGAAUAACGGUGACGGACACACAAUCCUGGACACGACCGCGGUUAGCCUGAUAAGGUGUGAUCUAGAUAAAUGUCAAAUAAAAUUUAAAAAUAAGACGAUUUUUUACCCACAUUUUCUAGGUAUCUUAGACGAGACGCCUCUGGACCUCACUGUUGUUGUUGUAUUACAAAAUUAUUUUAAAAAAACACGGCUGGCGUUUGAGGUUUUGAAAAUAUGUAUGGCCAGCAUUAAAAUAAAUAAUUACUUUUGUUUUGCGAUCCUUUUUUUAAUCUGGCAACCCGCUAGUCUUGAUGACAUUUUGUAAAAAUACAAUCAACAGCAAAAGUGUUACUGUGAAAAUACUGUCAACGACAAAAUUUUAAGUGAUGUCAAUAAUUUACAACUAGACAAUAAACGAUAUCGUCUUUCAUAGAGUCACACACAAGGACAUAAUUUUGUGGUUGAUUGUAUUUCGCAUACAGACUGUAUCGUUACCUAAAGUUUGCCAUAAGCUUCAAAUGGAUAAUAAAUUAGUGAUAACGCUUCUCAUGAUUUGGUUUCUCGUUGAAAUGAAUGCAUAAAUGCGUUCUGGCAUUUUAUCAGUGUUGUUGAAUGUGCGACUUGAUGACCAACAUGAAAAUUACUUUGUAUUAUACGCUAAAUUGCUAUUUAUAUUAUUGUCUAGGUGGAAUGUUGACCAAUUUCUGUAUUAAUGAAUUAGAUAAUGUAAAAUUUACAUUAACACAAAAAAAUAUUCAGUUUUUGAAUGUGAGUGUACUUUACAUAAUACUUAUUGAAUUUAUGAAUAAAGAGCGUAAAAGUUACCAGUGUUAAUUACACCAAAAAACAACAUUGUAAAGUAUGAAAUAAUGAAAUCUUAGAUAUUGCAUAAAAAUCUUUUGAGUUGAACUCUCCUUUUUGCAAUCGGUCAACAUUCCAAACUAGGGUUGUCGCUUAUAAAUUGAAAACGACGGAACACUCGAGUCACGGUACCUACGAACCAGCAUAUCUUAAAUGCGGAAGCAAAUUUAUUUUUACACAUUUGGAGCACCCUAUUUAGUAGGUAUACAAUUGGUAUGAAAAAACAAAUAAAAGAACUGUUUUAUACAACACCCGUUUUGUUGAUAUGAAUGUAAAUAAAUGUCAAGUUAAAA